ACUUCAACUUCAACACGCCAUUCAAACAACUCGAGUAUGAAACAUCAACCCAAAACAUACAAAUUCGCAUACUAUUGUUCAGGUCAUGGAUUUGGACAUGCAACAAGAGUAAUAGCGAUCAGCUUAGAAUUAAUCUCAUCAGGUCAUCAAGUCUACAUUAUCACAUCAACACCUAAAUCAGUAUUUGAAUCGAUUCUAUCAAACCAACUUAUCUAUCGAUCCAAAGUUAUCGAACCUAAAAUCAUUCAACCAAAAGCUUAUGAUGUAGAUAAAUUUGAAACGUUUGAUAAUUUAGAUAAGUUUAUUAGGUUUGAUCGUAAUAGAAUCUUAAAUGAAGAAAUCGAUUGGUUGAAAUCGGAAGGAAUUCAAUGUGCAUUGGUAGACGCUCCAUUUGUACCUUGUGCUGCAGCUUUUCAAGCAGGAAUUCCUUCCGUGAUCAUCAGUAAUUUUACAUUCUGUUCAUGUUAUUCGUAUUUAUCAAUGUCAACUUCUCAAUCCGAUCCAUUAAUCAAAUCCGAAGAAGUUCAAGCUCCAAUAGACCCAAAGCUUUUAGAUCCAUUAGUCAAAAUCGUCAUUUCAGAUUAUUCAAAAGCUAAUCUUUUAUUAAGAUUACCAGGAUCUAUACCGAUUCCAGGAUUUGAUACAGAUGUAGAAUUACCGUCAACUAAAUGGGUCAACCUUGCAAAACAUUCAUUUCAAGACCAUAUACAUAAUUUAUUAGAUAGAUCAAUUCAAGACAUUCCAAGACCAGUGAUCGAUUUACCAUUAGUUUUUCGUAAAAUCUCAAAAUCAAUCUAUAAACCGAACCAAAAAUUAUCAUUAUUAAAACUUUUAAAUCUACCGACUUCAUUACAAACUUUAAAUACCAAGAUCCUUUUAAUUUCAUUUGGUGGUCAAGUGAUACCUAGACCUAAACCCAUUCAAACUUCUGAAAAUACAAAUUCACCUUUCUUUGAUAUCUUACCUCCUGGUUGGAUUGCUAUCGUUUGUGGUUCUUCGGUCGAUGGUUUAACUUCUCAAGAUGCUCUUGAUCGGUUUUAUCCGAUUCCUAAAACAUUUUCUUAUGUACCUGAUCUUACGGCUUUAUCUGAUGUAGUAAUGGGUAAAUUGGGAUAUGGUACUUGUAGUGAAACAUUGGCUACUAUGACUCCAUUCAUAUAUGACCAAUGUUUAUUGAAGAAUACGGAUUAA